AAACUGUCAAAAAUAUUUGAUUAUCUGGAUUAUAAGAAAAAUUUUUAAACACUAUCAAAGAUGAAAUUUUGAUAAGAGAGAUGUAGAUAAUAAAUCGAAAGCAUAAAAUCAAAUAUGCUCACAGCUUAUCUUUAUCAACAUUACUAUUACUGUUAUCAAAAUAAUUGUAUUGGAGCAAUUAACAGUGAAAUCCAAAAUAUUGAUUGUUAAUAUCAGAAUAAGAAAUCUUUAAAAUAUAUUAAAUAUUGUGUCAUGGGAGCUAAUAGUAGUAAAAAGUUAGCAGCAAAAUGUCCCUUCUUAUCCAAAGACGAGCAACUGAUUGUUAGUAAUUCUUUCAAACUUGCCAGUAAAAAUUCAGAGAAGAUCAAAGAGGAAGAACUGAAUAAAAUAUGGGGUUCACAAGUAGAUCCAAGACUGCUGCAAUAUCUAAACAAUUAUUUAUUCGGUUUAGGAGAUCUGAGACAGACUACAGUUGAACUGGAAAAGUUUGCUGAAUUAUUCGUAUUUUGUACAAGGGGAACUGUGGAUGAAAAAGUAAAAGUACUUUUAACUUCACUGGGAAAUAAUGAUAGUGAGAGUAGUGACAUACCUUAUAUGUUGGUAAAAGAGUAUGUUGAAAGUAUAGUUGCCUCCUAUAUGAAGAUUCAAAAGCUAAGUAACAACAAACAGUACAAAACAUGGUUUUCAAAAGGUUGUUUUACAUUACCUCAAAAUAUUCAACGUGUAGCCGAAAGUUUAACUCAUGAAUUAGCCACUGGAGAAAUUAUCACGAGACGAACUUUAGAAACGUGGCUACAAGGUGCCACUCUAUUAGGACAACUGCUCCUGUAUGUGUCAAUGUAUUUGUUUAGUAUUACUCAUAAGGAAAAGGGAGGAGUAGCUAGUGAAAAAACAGGAUCAACUAUACCAGCGGAAGAACAUGAUAGCGCCAUAGAAAAGGAAAAGGACCGAAGUCUAGUUCCGUUCUGUCGCGGUUUAGACCUGAUGCCUUCUUAUCCAAGUAUACUGGAUUUAAAUCAGAUAGUUUUUAUUAAUGCGCACUUACCUCAACAAUAUCAAUUAGAAUGGAGGUUUCUCUUUAGUUCACAAAUUCACGGAGAAUCUUUUUCAACACUUAUAGGUAGGAUAGUUAAUCAGGGACCAUCAGUGCUCGUAGUAGAAGAUUCCAACGGUUACACGUUUGGAGGAUUCGCUCCCGCAAAUUGGGAACUGAAUGCCAAAUUCUUUGGCGACGAUAGCAGUUUCCUCUUUACGUUAGCUCCAAGAAUGCGAGUGUUUACAUCUACAGGUUACAACCAGAACUUCCAGUAUCUUAAUUUACAUCAGCAGACGCUUCCAAACGGCAUGGCAAUUGGCGGUCAACAUGGAUAUUGUGGUCUUUGGAUCGACAGCGAAUACGGUAGUGGUCAAAGCAGUCCCUCGUGUACAACAUACAGAAGUUACAAUCAACUCUCCCACGCCAAAGAAUUUACCUUCCGACAUAUGGAAGUGUGGGGCAUCGGCCAACCGCCUGCAACGCCUCAAGAAAAAGGGGAGCGAGUAACAGGAGCUGGAAUGAGCAUUCUCGACGGAAAUAUAGAAAGCAAAGCCAUGUUGAAAAUGGCCGGGAAAACACUGCACAGUGAAGGAGUAGUAGAGCCUCCGCUAGAAUAGUCAAAGAGACAUUUGCCUUUCCACACGUUCUUAAACCAAAAAGAGUGAUAACUUAUUUUAAAACUAACUGAAAUUAUACGGGAAAUCUCUAUUUUAAAAAUAUCAAUUUAAGUACACAGAUUUUUGUGAUAGUUGUAUUCGUAAUAUAAAGUUAGGAAUUCGGUAUAUACUUUAACACGGACGAAAAAUACGUAAAUGUUUUAUGACCGCAUUCACCAAAUACAAACACUAGGGAAUGA